CGGGACAUGCAGAGAAGAGGGCGUGGUCAAAGCGAGCACUUUCGCGGGAGUGUGGCGAGCUGCUGUCAUUAUUGGCGCUCUCACCUGCUGCACGGACACAACACACACACACAUAUAUUAAAAAAAGCAAGGAAUAAUUAACGGCACACAUCAGUCACGUGAAAUCAUGAACGGAUUUACUGUGUAACUCAGUGAGAAACCGCCUGAGAGAGAGAGAGAGAGAGACUCAGGUUCAUGUGGCAGGAGACCCGAGAGGACGCGUCUCAUUACUGACCGAGCAAAUCAACACCAAGUGUCCUAAUAACAGACCCAACACACCCGGCCGGGCACUGCACUCCUGUCUGCACAGGACACACAAACACCUGCUUCACAGGCCUGCGAUAACCUGGCGACUUGUCCAGGUUUACCCCACCUCUCAACCAUAGUCAGCUGGGAUAGGCUCCAGCUUGCCUGCGACCCUGUAGAACAGGAUAAGCGGCUACAGAUAAUGGAUGGAUGGAUGGAUUGUCCCUUCAUCUUUGCUGAACAGAAUGUGCAUAUAAGAUCCACAGCAUUGGAUCCAUAAAGAUUCACCACUAAGUAUUUGUUUUCACUUGCUACAGCCACUUUUUUUUGCCAUGGCCCGGCCACAGCCGGACAGUAGGGUGGACGAUCAGAGCCCUGCGCAGCCGCACACCUGCAGGAUGGAGGUGCUGCGUCGAGAUGCCUGGCCCACACAGCUGACUCCACAGUCCAGACAACGACACAGGACCGUGGCUACUCAGACCAGCACUGUACCGGCACCCGUUAUCUCCACACAGCAGGACGCUGUGAGCAUGGCCAGUUCUCCCCAACAGGAAGGACCACUCAGAGACAGCUCAGGAACCGAGCAGGAGAGGUUGUGUCCUGGUAGGAGGCAGCAGCCCUUGCCUGAUCUCCUUCCCGAGAGCAGUAGCUCUUCAGCACAAUCAAGCCGCCGAGGCUCUGCAGCUGAUGAGGAGUCCAUGGAGGAGGAACAAGUAGUGGGCAGAGUGGCCAUCCAGCUGAGAACCAUAGGAGAUGAGAUGAACGCUGUUUACUUUCAGAGAAGGAAUGAGGGCGCGCAAUGGCAGAACUGGAGAGGCUUGUACCGUGGCCUGGUCGCCUUCCUGGCCGACACCAUCAGCACCCUCUACCAGCUCAGAUAAACGGACGGGUAUUUGGCAUUGCGGGGGCGCCGGCGCUCCCUAUCACAGCCUCUAAUCUACUGCACUGGCUCGGGGACAUUUCUGCAGGCCCAGAAUGCACUGUGGACAUUUUUUCCCUUGUUCUCUUAUUUGUUUGUGUUGUUUCUCAGUUGUAUAUGUUGUAUAUUAUUUUUUUUUUUCCCCCUGUCUCUUUUGGGAGGAGUUUCAUGUAGCAAGUGACUGAAGUGUGUGUCAGUGUGGGGGCAUGUUAAGGGGGAGAAAUGCUUGUGCCUCUCUAGAUCUGCGAAGCUGUGAAGCACAAUCAGUUGGACUCUUGUUUAUUUUUAUUUUCUUUUUUUUUUUUAAACCAACCUGAAGGCCUGGGUACUUAAAGAAUCCGUGAUGAGUCAACAAGUGUGUCAGAAAGUCUGUUGACACAGUGGCUAAUUCACUAGUAUCGAUCAUUUGUGAUGAGGAUGAUGAUCUAAAUUAUAUUCACAUUCUUUUACUCUGAACCCUGGGUUUACACUAGCAAGAGACAAUUGUUCAUUUAAGCAUAUAUCACGGAGCUGUGAUUCCUGAAGCAGUGCAGCGUUAAUGUGAUAUUUACCAAAUUAGCAAUUCGUGAUAUGUUACAAAUUAGCAAUUAUAUAGUAAAAUCCCAAACCCAAUUAAUCAUCCCUCAAACCAUUUCUCUUAAAAUUUCACUUUUGUCCUCCCCCAAAUUAUCAAGAAAAAAUAGGCGGCAUGGUGGUGUAGUGGUUAGCACUGUUGCCUCACAGCAAGAAGGUCCGGGUUCGAGCCCCGUGGCCGGCGAGGGCCUUUCUGUGUGGAGUUUGCAUGUUCUCCCUGUGGGUUUCCUCCGGGUGCUCCGGUUUCCCCCACAGUCCAAAGACGUGCAGGUUAGGUUAAUUGGUGACUCUAAAUUGACCGUAGGUGUGAAUGUGAGUGUGAAUGGUUGUGUCUCUCUAUGUGUCAGCCCUGCGAUGAUCUGGCGACUUGUCCAGGGUGUACCCUGCCUCUCACCAGUAGUCAGCUGGGAUAGGCUCCAGCUUGCCUGUGACCCUGCACAGGAUAAGCAGCUAUGGAUGGAUGGAUGGAUGGAUGGAUGAAUAUCAAGAAAAAGUACAGUCUCAUAAUUUCCUUGGCUUUCAAGUACAAUAUAAAACGCAUUAAACAAAGUCAGUCGAAGCUGGAAGUGUAUGCCCAUGUAUGACAAACUGUAAGCAACAUCAGCGCCUUGCUAGUCUGAACACAGGGUCAACACACAUCCAAGUAUGACCAGCGUUCAAACCCAAAUGCCAAAAAUCAGUCAAUCCAGGUCUUCAGAAAGGACUAAUUGAAAGGAUUGGGUUGUACCUCAGGCACUGUAAUGCUGUAUCUGCUCUUAGCUGCCUUACAGAGCAAUACUGCGUGACAGCACAGGGAAAAGGGCACUACUAAACGAGACUAUCAAAAUAAAGAGAGUCAGGCGACAGGGACAGACAGGCCUUUCAAAACCCACACACUUCCUCUACAGCGAAACCAGUGUGGCGAAUGUGCCUUACAUCACCCUUUAAAAGCCUACAUGUGCUUGAUUUAGCAGGGGCAGUCAGUGAACGGUGUU